CGAUACACUUCGACCCACACCAUCACUUACGCUGAAAUCCUCAAUUGCUUCUUUCUCGGUCGCUUUUCACCUAGCUGUAUUGCUAUCUGUCGUCGCAAGCCUCUUCCGCCGCGAUCCGCUCUACCCACGCCGUCCUCCACUAUAGUUGCCCGUCCCCAGGCAUGUCCACGACCGCCGCACGAUACCCAUGAAGCUGGAUAGGCCAUGGCGGAAGUCCUUCCCAAGAUCCGGGUGACCGACCCUCAGAGCAGAGAAGCCGCCGUGCAGAGUCCUGCAUCGAUAAAGUCGCCGAGCACCGAGGGUGACUCCGGGAGACUGUCUAAGCCGGUAUCAAAGACUGAACGCCCAGUAUCGAGCGGAAAGACGUCCCCAACGAAGCUGCGAACUGCUCCAGGAAGCCCUUCUUCCCAAACAAAUGGACAAGGCGCGCAGAAUGGAGGCAGCGGAGCGAAGCAGCAGUCAGAGGCAGCCAUAGACCCACUCUCACAACAUAUCCUCAAGCGCACACAUACUCAAGCUACGCUCCCUCAAAUAUUACGAUCGCCUACGAAUACUGAACAUGGAUCGGUCCAGUCUCCUACAUUGGCUGGUAGCGAGACUUUUCCAAGUACAAAACACGCGGCAGACUCCGUAAGAGAGGUUCCAAAUGCGCCAGCAAAAGAAAAGAAGAAAGGUGUUUCAUUCCUUAGCCGGUUCAUUGGGAACAAAAAGAAAGGCACCCUCGACGGCCCUGGUGACGAUGAAUCGGAAACUGGCGAGCGUCCCGAAGGCAUGGACGCGCAGCUCUUUUCCCAACCAUUCGACAAUCUGGGCUACUCUCCACGAUAUCCGCAACCACCUGCAUACAUAAAAGUCAGGACGAAAUUCAAGAAAGAGAAGGAGUUCAAUAGGCUGUUCCUGGCACAAGAGCUACGUUCAAAAAAGAAUCCAGCUGACAAGAAGAAGUCAGUAGAUGGGACGGGCGUUCCUCCAACUCCAUCUGGCUCUGCGGCAAGUAACGACCCUGUUUGGGCGACUGAGUUUAGCAAGGAUGGGAAGUAUCUUGCUGCUGGUGGCCAAGACAGAAUUGUCCGCGUGUGGGCGGUGAUUUCAACGCCUGAAGAACGAAGGCGGCAUGAGAAAGAGGAGGCAGAAGGGGAAGCCGCUGACGAUCGACGGCAGCAGCUGACUGCGCCUGUCUUCCAGAGCGGAACGUUUCGAGAGUAUCUAGGCCAUACGGCAACGAUACUCGACCUAAGUUGGAGUAAAAAUAACUUCCUUCUCUCGUCAUCUAUGGACAAAACGGUACGGUUGUGGCACAUUAGCAGAAGCGAAUGUCUUUGUACCUUCAAGCAUACCGAUUUCGUUCCGUCAAUCCAAUUUCAUCCUCGAGAUGACCGAUUCUUUCUCGCAGGCUCUCUUGAUACGAAAUUACGACUAUGGAGUAUACCUGAUAAAAGUGUGGCUUUCUGGAAUCAAUUGCCAGACAUGAUCACGGCCGUGUCUUUUACUCCGGAUGGAAAGACAUGCAUUGCAGGUACUCUCAGCGGCCUUUGCAUGUUCUACGAAACGGAAGGAUUGAAAUAUCAAACCCAAAUUCACGUCAAGUCAACUCAUGGCAAGAAUGCGAAAGGGAGCAAGAUUACUGGUAUUCAGACGAUGAGCAUACCCCCAGAAAAGAGCAAUGGUGAGGUCAAACUUUUGAUCUCAAGUAACGACUCUAGAAUACGACUCUACAACUUCAGGGAUAAGAGCUUGGAAGUCAAGUUCAGGGGGCAUGAAAACAAUUACAGCCAGAUACGUGCGACCUUUUCCGAAGACGCAAGUUAUGUCCUUUGUGGCAGUGAAGACCGCAAAGCAUAUAUCUGGUCCACUGGUCCAUCUGAAGGCGAAAAGAGAAACCAGCGGCCAGUAGAGAUGUUUGAAGCACACACGUCCAUCACUACUUGCACAACCAUGGCCCCCCUCAAGACUAGACAGCUACUGAGCACCUCCGAAGACCCUGUCUACGACCUUUGCAACCCACCACCCGUAACGCUCAUGUCUCGCGCCGACUCUCUCAACUCAUCCCGUGCGCCAACCGAUGCCGGCAGCGCGCAAGCUACUCCGGCCGCCUCUGACCCUCACUUCAAGCGUGUUGAGGAGUCACCAGCCUACAUCGCGCGCUCCUCACAUCCAGGCGGUAACAUCAUCGUCACAGCGGACUACACCGGCUCAAUCAAGGUCUUCCGCCAAGAUUGCGCCUACUCAAAACGUCUCCGCGCCCUCUCAAACGAAGCAUGGGAGACGUCCUCCGUCUUUUCCAAAAAGAUCGGCUCCGCCCCCUUCGGCCGCCCCAGCAGCAUUGCAACCAAAGCCUCAGGCCGCACGAGGCGCGACAGCACCUCCACCCAACCCCCCUCCGACCGCAUCCUCUCCUGGCGCCGUGACAUGGAGAAGGACGGCUCAUUCGACUCUGCCAGCGGCCCGAAACGCAAAGGCCGCUCUGUCUCCCCGAGGAAAAGCCUCGGCGCCGUCAGCAUGGGCAGCUUAUCCCGCCAGGCCAACACCACACCGCCCCUCAACCCGACAUCUACCACCGAGACCCUCCCCUCCGUCGUCACUACCUCGCCCAAGAGCUCCCUGGACAAAGAGGGGAGCGGCAUCCCCAUUGAUCCCAUAAAGCUCAUCCAGCUCCGCUCGCGUAGCGAUCCCGCGAUCGACGCCAAUAACCGUGAUGCGCAGAACCCGAUGUGGGUGCAAGGCGGGCAGAGUUGGGCGUUUUGGAAUAUGAGCCGGUAUAGGGAUCAGACUGGGUCGUCGUCGAGUCAACAGCUAAGGCCGCCGCGGCCGGAGCUAAACAAUCGGCGGAGUACGGUUAGUGCGUUGAGCAGUGAGGAAGAGGAGGACGGGAUUGCAGAAGGAGCGGGAGCGGAGGACGAGGUUAGGUGCAAGAGCUGUGGAGGGAGUGAGUUUAAGCUGAGGGUUGUGAGGGAGGAGGGGAGGGAAGAGAAGAGGGUUGUUUGUAUGACUUGUGGGGCGGAGGCGGGAUAGAGAUGCUGCGUUGGUAAGGG